AUGGGAAUCUCAUUCAAGUCAUUUGUUCGAUCUCAGUACACUCCAAUUCCUCUCCCAAGUCAUGACUGCACCAACCAAACCAUCAUCAUCACUGGAGCAAGCCGCGGACUUGGCUUGGAAGCAGCGUGUCACUUUCGUCGCCUCAACGCUUCCAAGAUCAUCUUGACAGUGCGGGAUGCCAGCAAAGCCCAACAUUGCAAAGCAUUCGUGGAAAAGGCCAAUCCAUCUUCGAAAGGCGUCGUAGAGAUUUGGGACCUGGACCUCACCAAUGUCGAAACCAUUAGGCAAUUCGUGGCCAGGGCUGAGAAGCUUGCACGGAUAGAUGCUGUUAUCCUCAACGCUGGUAUGGCUACCCUAUCAUUUCAAACUGUUGAUGGAAUGGAAAGGACUCUUGCGACAAAUGUCACUGGCACCUUUCUCCUCGCCAUUGGCCUGCUCCCCACACUGCGUCUAUCAGGGCUCCGACAAAACAUUCGCCCCAAAAUGAUAUUGGUCUCGAGCCAAGGUCACGAAUCUGCCGCUUUUCCAGAGAGGACAGCGGAUGACAUUUUUGCCGCCCUCAACGACGCCAGCAAGGCUGACAUGGGGGAUCGGUAUGACACCUCUAAGCUGAUCCAGCUACUGGCUUUCUACGCUCUCGGAGAUUUUGUCGACCAGUCCUGGCCAGACAGCAUCACCUUUACGGCUGUCGAUCCAGGGUUGUGUGACACCGAUCUCACUAGAGAAAUGCCACUGAUUGUACGCAUUAUUCAUAGAAUCAUGAAGUUGCUGCUGGCAAGGACGGCUGAGGUUGGUGGACGCUGCAUCGCCUUGGGUGUCGAGGGAGAUUGUCACGGCGGUUACGUCAAGGAUGGAAUUGUUGAAAGUCCUCCGGCUGCAGUUACCGAACCUGAGGGUGUCAAACUGAAGGAGCGUGUCUUUUCACAACUCAAGUCGCUGCUUUACUCGGUGGAUAAGCAGAUAAUGAUUUCAGGUCUAUCAAUGAAUAUUGAUGAAGAGGCGAGCCACAAGGUUUGA